AUGUCAAAACUGAUUACAAUCUUCGGUGCAACCGGGAACCAGGGCGGCUCCGUCAUCCGCACCAUUCUCGAAGAUAAAGUCCUAUCCAAAGAAUUCCGCAUCAGAGCCGUAACCCGCGAUGCGAACAAGGAAUCAUCCAAGGCCCUAGCUGCCCAGGACAUCGAAGUGGUGCAGGGUGACAUGGCUUCUCCUGAGGACAUGAAGAGAGUAGUCAGCGGCUCCGACACGGUCUUCCUCGUCACCAACUUCUGGGAAUACCAGGCCGCCGGGCCUGAGAUUGCGCAGGGCAAGACCGUCGCGGAUGCGUGCAAGGCCGAGGGGAUUAAGCACCUGAUCUUCUCUUCGCUCAUCGAUGCGUCCAAGGAAUCGAAGGGCCGGUUUGUGAAUAUCACGCAUUUCGAUGGAAAGGCGGAGAUCGAGCGGUAUAUUCGAGAGAUUGGCUUGACGGCUUCGUUUGUUAUGCCUGGUAUCUUCAUGACGGAGCUGUUCAAUUUGAUUCAGGCGCAAGGAGAUGGCUCUUGUAUUCUGGCGACGCCUACGAAGACAGAUGCGCCUGCGCCUUUUGUUGAUAUUGUGGCUGAUAUGGGAAACUUUGUUCGUGCAGCCCUUUUGAAUAAGCCUGAGUCGGGUACGAACACGAUCUAUGCUUCUAGUGAUUACUAUAAGUUUGAAGAUAUUCCGGAGCACUUCGAGGCUGCGACAGGGAAGAAAUUGACUGUCGUGACUGUUCCUGGGGAAGUCUUUAAAUCUUUUCUCUUUGGUCUUUCUCCGGGAAUGAGGGAGGAGGUCUAUGAGAAUUUGAUGUUGCUUGAGGGUCCGGGGUAUUAUGCUGGUGCUGAAUUGACUUCGAGUUUGAGUUUGUUAUCACAGAAGCCUGUUGGGUUGACUGAUUUCUUUGCUCGCAACAAGGACAGAUGGUGA